UCCUCUCGCUGUUGCCAUGGCUACAGCGCGACCGUAAGUUCUGUCUUUGGAAUGCUAGCGAAGUUUGGUUUGACAACAAGUUUUGGACCAGCAGAACUUCUGAGAGCUGAACUGGAUCCGCGUGACGUUUCCGUUCAGCGUCCAGGACAACGGCGGCUCGUGUCUCCGUCAGCGCUUCAAUGGGAGGUGAAUCCUAACAUCUGCUGAUCUGGCAAGAAGAUGGAAGCUGCAGUGCAGUCUGCUUUUGAGGAGCAGCUCAGAAUCGGGGAGGAAAAAGAGAAAGAAAACAGCGAAGAGCCAGAGCUUACCGUAACCCAUGACAAUCAGGAGUUUUGUAACCCAGAGUCCUACAUGACCAAGUCUGUGGUGGAGACCAGACUACUGAACGUUGCCGACAGUUUCCAGCGUCAGUACACGGUUUUGUUUCCUGACCGCAAACCGCUGCUGCUCUGCCCGCUCAACGAGUGUGGUGUGAAGAAAUUUGUAUCAACAACUCUUCAGCCCUCUGCAAGCAGCCACUGUGAACUACAAACCUGGCAGGGCUGCGCUUACUUUGUGGCCAACUUCCUGUCCCUGGAGCUUCUGGAGCCACCUGUAGACCUGCCCAAACACUUGUUUUCCCCCACGUCGGUCCUACGGACUCGAAGGGCCACAUGUUUUGAGUUUGCCACCCUGCUGUGCAGCCUGCUGCUUGGCAUCAACUAUGACGCCUACUGUGUCAGCGGCUAUGCAGCCAAAGAGAUGUGUCUGCUGGACCAGAGCCAGUUUCCUUGCCCCCUACUGGACUCUGACGUUAAGGAGGAGGACAGCCAGCAGCAACCCGAAGACCUGCUACGAGGGUUACGGGUGCACUGCUGGGUCCUGGUGUUGGCGGGGAGCGGCAGCAUCCGGGAGAACUUUUUUAUUGACCCUCUCACCGGCAGCAGCUACCCCACAGACAGCAGCAGCUUCCUGGGCAUUGAGAGCGUGUGGAAUGAUCUGAACUAUCAUGUUAACAUGCAGGACUGCAGGAACGGCUGCGUUGGACUGAAGUUUGACCUGGACGAUACAAACCUAUGGGAGCCAGUUCUGCAUGGUGCCACCAGCAGGAAACAGCUGAUUCUGGAUGUAUUGAACAAAAAAGAGAACAGAAUGAUCAGCACUGAAAAGGAGCAGGAGCAGCCCAGAGUCUUUGAGAUGCCCAGAUCCUGGGUCACUUUUAUUAGCAUCCAUGAAAAAGACCUGGAGACACUCUGGCCCGACGGGAAGAAAGUGACCUUCUAUAAAAAAGCAAAGCUGGAGAAGUUUGCUCCAUAUCUGAAUCCAGACGGCGUCAUUACACGGCUCACCACGUACAAAGACCAGGACUGUGCCGAGGUCGCUAUGGUGAAGGAGUGGUACAAACACAGAAAUGACAGCCUGGAGGAGAGAGAAGUCAACAAACUCAAAGAUUCCACCUCUGAGCGCUUCAAAUAUGGAAGACGAUUUCAGCUCCUGUUUCACAGGAUCACUUCGCUGAGCACAGGCUUUGAGCAACAGAUGGAAUUCAGCAGCUACGCUCGCCCUGAUUAUCUGGCACGCAGGGUAUGGUCAACCAAUGAGAUGGAGGAAUUCUACGAGGGUCGCAGGGACUUCCUCUGCUACCGACAAGUCAUCUUUCAGCCACCUGAUCAGUUUGACGAUUCAGUUUGUUGGAAAAGUCCCUUGAGGAGGAUGCGUGUACUGACCGUGGUAGAGCGCUUUCAUAGGAAUGCCGCCAAACCUGCAAAUGAAGACGUGGCAGAACGAGUCUUCCUGGUGUCUGAGGAACAGUUUGAGUUGACCUAUCACUUAAUGGAUCACAGGUUUAUUCCAUCCAGGAGAAUCCUUACAAAGCCUUUAUUCAGAAAAUUCUCAAACGACUGUGUGUCCACCUUCCAGGUGGACCUGUGUGCAAAGCCUCUUUCCACACAGGCCCUGUUCAAGAUACUGGGGGCCCUGCAGGAUGAUGAAGCCAAGUUGACAGCUGAAAUCAAAGAUUCACUGAAAGAGAUAGAGGACAUUGUGGCCUGCAGGGAGCAGGAGCAGAAUCAGGUGAAGCUGAGGAAGAGGAUUAAAGAAGCUGUCCCGACAUGCGAAGACGAGGAGCAGAGGGUAGAGGAUGAAAACUCGCUGGAAAGCUGGAAGGUUUUGAUCAGCAAGAACCUGGACGCAGAGGAGGCCAAUAGGCUGUAUCACAGCCUCCUGGAGGAGUUCAAAGACAAAAUGGUGGCACAAGCCAACCUCCUCCAGGAGCGUUAUGAGAAGGACACACGGGAGUUGCAUGCAAAACAGAACCAGUACCGGCGAAACCACCUCACAAUGACUGAAAAGCAGCUGGAAGAAUACCAAUGCUUCUGCUCAGAAAAAACAACACAGAUAAAAGCCACUCAGAUUCGCCUCAACAGGCACAAGGAGUUGGCCCAUGAACGAUACAAGGCUCUGGAACAGAAACUGCAACAAAACCCAGUUCUCCGUCCUCACCUGAAAAAGUGAUGUCUGUUUGCAGGAGUCACAUGACACUGAUACUUCAUCCAAAUUUCCAAAAACUUCAAAUAAAAAUGAUCUUUGAUCUAAACAAGUAA